AGAGAGAGACAGAGAGAGAGAGAGAGAGAGAAUGGAGAUUAAGGGAAGGGUAGUGUUGAUGAAGAAGAAUAGUUUGGAUGUGAAGGAUUUGGGAGCUUCCAUUGGUGAUAGGCUGGAUGAGCUCCUUGGUAAUAAGGUCUCUCUGCAACUCAUUACUUCCCCCAAACCUACCCCUACAGAGAACAAAGAGAAACGAAAGCCGAGCGAGGCGGCGUACUUAGAGAAAUGGAUCACCACCGUUACCUCAGUCGCGCCGGAUGAAGACUCCAUCUUCAAUGUUAAUUUCCAUUGGGAGGAGUCUUUCGACAUUCCCGGCGCAUUCAUCGUCAGAAAUUUUCAUCACUCCGAAUUCUACCUCAAGACUCUCACGCUCGACGACGUUCCCGGCGCCGGUAGCAUCCACUUCAUUUGCAACUCGUGGAUUUAUUCCGAUGAAAAGUACAAAUUGCCGCGUGUCUUUUUCACAAAUAAGACGUAUCUUCCCGACGAAACUCCGGCGCCAAUCCGGCCGUACAGAGAAGAACAGUUAGCCAUCUUACGAGGGGACGGGACCGGGGAGCUGCAAGAAUGGGACCGGGUUUAUGACUACGCGUAUUACAACGACCUAGGCAAUCCCGACAAGGGGGAGGAUUUUUCCCGGCCGGUCCUCGGGGGAUCAAGGGACUAUCCUUAUCCCCGUAGGGGCCGUACCGGGAGACCCCCCACCAAGUCAGAACCUAAUACGGAGACUAGGAUUCCGCUUAUCAAAGGGUUAAGUAUAUACGUCCCAAGAGACGAGCGUUUUGGACACUUGAAAAUGUCGGAUUUCUUAGCCUUCGGGCUCAAAUCGAUAUUCCAAUUCAUCGUGCCAGAGGUCGCGCAUCCUUCAGACAGCAUCAGCAACGAGUUCGAUAGAUUCGAAGAGGCACUUGACAUUUACAAAGGCGGGAUCAAGCUGCCUAAAGGUCCUCUAGUUCAAAAAUUGUACGAAAGCAUCCCGUUCGAGUUGCUCAAGGAGUUUCUCCCAACCGACGGCGAGGGGCUCUUCAAGUUCCCGACGCCUCAAAUAAUUCAACAUGACAAGUCCGCAUGGAGAACAGACGAAGAAUUCGCAAGAGAAAUGCUCGCCGGAGUGAACCCCGUCAUCAUAAGCCGUCUUGAGGAGUUCCCUCCGAGAAGUAGGCUCGACCGGAGAGUGUAUGGCGACCAAACCAGCACGAUAGCGGCGCAUCACAUACAGAACCAAUUGGAUGGGCUCGCCAUUGACGAGGCAAUCAAGGCGAACCGACUGUUCAUACUGAACCAUCACGACACGCUUAUGCCAUAUGUAAGGAGGAUCAACGCAACGACUGGAACAAAACUAUACGCUACAAGAACUAUCCUCUUCCUGCAAGCAAACGGGCAGCUGAAGCCCGUAGCCAUCGAGCUAAGCCUGCCUCAUCCCGAUGGAGAUCAGCACGGUGCAGUGAGCAAAGUGUACACACCUUCUAAUCACGGCGUCGAAGGCACCGUCUGGCAGUUGGCGAAAGCGUAUGCCACUGUCAAUGAUGCCGGAGUCCAUCAGCUCCUUAGCCACUGGCUGAAUACACACGCCGUGAUAGAGCCAUUUAUCAUUGCAGCAUACCGGCAGCUGAGCACGAUGCACCCUAUACACAAGCUGCUGCAGCCUCACUUCCGGUACACGAUGAACAUCAACGCUUUCGCGCGGGAGAUACUGCUGAACGCCGGGGGACUUCUCGAGGCCACAGUUUUCCCCGGGAAGUAUGCUAUGGAACUCUCUGCAGUUGUCUACAAGGACUGGUGUUUCACGGAUCAAGCACUUCCAGCUGAUCUGCUCAAAAGAGGAAUGGCGGUCGAGGAUCCAAGCGCGCCAUACAGCCUUCGCCUGCUAAUCGAGGACUACCCCUACGCCGUGGACGGGCUCGAGAUCUGGUUCGCCAUAAAAGCAUGGGUGGAGGACUACUGCAGCUUCUACUACAAAUCCGACGACACAGUCAAGAACGACACCGAGCUACAAUCAUGGUGGAAGGAGCUCCGGGAGAAGGGGCACGGGGACAAGAAAGACGAGCCGUGGUGGCCAAAGAUGCAGACGCGAAAGGAAAUGGUGGACUCAUGCACCACGAUCAUAUGGAUCGCCUCCGCGCUGCAUGCAGCCGUCAACUUCGGACAGUACUCGUAUGCAGGCUACAUGCCCAACCGCCCAACAGUGAGCCGGCGGCUGAUGCCGGAGCCAGGCAGUGAGGAGUACGAGGCGAUGAAGACCGACCCAGAGAAGGUGUUCUUCAGGACCAUCACGGCGAGAAUGCAGACGCUGCUCGGGAUUGCGCUGAUCGAGCUGCUGUCGAGGCAUUCGACAGACGAGGUGUACCUGGGGCAGAGGGAGACGCCGGAGUGGACGGCGGACGCGAAACCGAAGGAGGAUUUUGAAAAGUUUGGGAAGAGGUUGGGAGAAAUAGAAGAGAAGAUAGAGAGGAUGAACAGUGAGGGGAAAUAUGGGAAUAGAAUUGGACCUGUGAAGCUUCCUUACACUUUGCUGUUGCCUACCAGUGAGCCUGGAUUGACUGGCAGAGGCAUUCCUAACAGCACAUCUAUGUGAUCUUCAUCCGCAACCUGAAUCUGGAACAAUGUUUGCCAAUAAAGCAGUCCAAUAAUAAAGCAUUUCAAUAUUAUCAUCAUAUAUAUUUAUAGACCGAUAUUCAAUAAAGCAGGGAGGAUCUUCCAAUGCUUUCUUGUUUGUAUUUUGUAGUUUGUGAUGAUAAUGAAAUGGAAAUGGAAAUGUUAUACCA